UGAUUCCCAGACCUCCUUUACUUAAUAUCGCAUUUUUGUUAAAUCUCAUCAUGGCAGCCCGCGUUGAGCUAAAAGAGCUUAGGAUUUCAUGGAAACUCAUUUGUCUACUUCAUCACUAAAAGGGACCAAUAGGAUACUGGAUCACAGGAUGGAGUUUUGGCUCUGUAGUCCUGGUGGUGGUGGUGGUGCAGGAUGGAAUCAUUUGUGUUUGCUUUAGUGGAUGACAUAGUGCAUAAUGGGACGUGCAGGAUAUAGUUUUACAUCGUUUGAGAUUUAAACAGGAGAAUCGUGGAGGGACUGGCUCACGGCAGAGGGAGGGGGGCUGGUAGGACGGAGGGCAAGGUGAUGGGAAACAUCAACAAGGUUUCUAGGAAGUACAAUCAAAGGAAAAAGGUAAGAGAAAAUGACACCUGCUUCUACUGGAGACCAGGUAUUGGAGACAAUGUGGUUUGUAGUCAGAAUUUGUGUUCUAAUAGAACUCCUAGAGACGUAACAUAUUUCAUUGUUCAAAUAUUUGUUUGCCGUCAUUGGAAUUAAAACUCUUAAUUGUUUCCUAUCACGGUUGGUCCUCCCGCACGAAGGGGGUGUCGGCUGUAGAAAAAACAAGUGCCCACGCGGUCGCCACGAUGCAGAGGGACCGGGGUAAAGUCGGACAAGUGGACGCAAGAGACGAGGACGGAGAAAAGAAAGAGCAGGAGUUCGGUGAACCUCUCUGUGCUCUGGUUAAGAACUGCAACAUGCUGCACAACAUAGUGGGUCCGGCGUGUAUCUUCCUUAGACAGGGCUUCGUGAAGAGCCAGCUUGACAGAGAUCUACGACCAGAGGAACUGGAAGAGCUGCGUGAGGCCUUCAAAGAGUUUGACAAAGACAGGGACGGCUUCAUCGGCUGUAAGGAUCUGGGAGAGUGCAUGAGGACCAUGGGCUACAUGCCCACCGAGAUGGAGCUCAUCGAACUCAGCCAGAAAAUCGGUGGCGGUAGAGUUGACUUUGAGGACUUUGUGGAGUUAAUGGGUCCAAAGAUGCUGGCUGAAACUGCAGACAUGAUUGGAGUGAAGGAGCUGAGAGAUGCUUUCAAAGAGUUUGAUUCUAACGGCGAUGGGCAGAUCAGCCUGGGGGAGCUGAGAGAAGCCAUGAAGAAGUUGAUGGGAGAGCAGCUCAAUCACAGAGAGAUUGACGAGAUCCUCAGAGAUGUAGACCUCAACGGAGACGGACAGGUGGACUUUGAAGGUCAGUAAAUGUCAGGAUCAAGUCAAUGACCGUUGGUUUUUUGAUUUUGCACUAACAAUUGUCACGUUCACACAGAGUUUGUCCGGAUGAUGUCUCGCUAACUCUUCACCAAACUUCAUCCCGCUGCACCGAACUCCACAUGCACCGGGAUUCUAAUUUUUUCUUUUUUGUUCUUCUUGUGUAAAAUACUUUGUCUGUACUUCAGCUCUUCUUUAACCUCAAGUGAUGGAGAGUCCCUUCAGUGUGUCCACUGUGAGUGUAAAGUACAACUGACAUGUAAAGAGCAACGAUCAAAGCUGUGGUCUGUUUACACGUUAAUGAACUUAAAAGUGAAAUCUUUGGAACCAGUAACAACAUGUUUUCACUUCAAUCAAAGGAGUCGCAAAGUGUUAGAACUGAACUUUUAAAUAUGCAAAUGCAAACACAAACAAUUAUGAAAACCGGCCAAAAUAAGGGAUAUACUGUAUGGUAUAUACCAAUGAUGAUGAGGUUCGUGGCUGGUGAGGCACUGACUCCUCUGGAGUCAGAUUUACAAUUGUGAGAACCGAAAAGAGCAUCUUAAUCACUAUUCAUCCAACAGCAUCACCUGGUAAUGCUUCAU